AUGAACUCUGAAGCCCCGCCAUCGAGCGCACCCAGUGCGGAAGCUCGUGCCCGUAAUCGACAGCGUUUCGAACUCGAAUUGGAAUUCGUCCAGGCCCUUGCGAACCCUUUUUACCUCCACUCUCUUGCACAACAGGGCAUCAUGACACAGCCCGCCUUCGUGAACUACCUGUCAUAUCUACAGUAUUGGAAGAGGAAAGAGUAUGCCCGAUUCGUCAUGUACCCGCACGCGUUACAUCACUUAGACUUGCUGCAGCACGAGCGAUUUCGUCUUGGGCUGAGCGAGGAUGGGUUGAGAGACUACCUGAAUCAGACUCAAUUUGACCAUUGGCGGACUUGGCGGGAACCAGAACACCUAAACGGAUUAAGAAACAGUGUUGCAAAGAAAGAAGAGACACCAGCUCCUGAUUCCGCCCUACCUCCGAUGUCCGCCACAACCGUGAACGGGGCAACCUAG